GGAAACCCAGCAGUUUGAUUCGUCUUUCAGUUGCUGCUGCUCCCGGAACCCGGUUCCGAACGGUUUCAGAAUGUGUUGGCCUCUCUGGGUUCUGAUCGGGCCGGUUGGACAGAACCUGUCUGUCAUCUGAUCCGGUGAACCAUCGGAGGUGGAAACACCCAGAAAGUCAAACACAGCGAGUCGGACCUGAACACACCCGGUACCUCCUCAGUGUAAACAUGAGCUGUUAGAGGUCCGAUCAGGAUGUAGGAGGUUUUGACCCAUUACAGGUCCGAUCAGAACACUAAAGGUUCUGACAGAGCCGUCUUUGUGGGUUUGUCCUGAAAGGCGUCAUUCGGGUCGGACCCGAUUUGCAUGCUGCAGGAAACAGAAACAAACUCAUUUUCAUUUACGGCUGCAAGCUAGCGUCGGGCUGCAGCUCUUCUCUCAUAGGAACCAGAACCAUCAGAGUUCUGCCGGGCAGAACCCGACCCAAACGCUACGAUUCACAGUCUCUCUCCAGAACCUCCUGAUUAUUUCCAACGUGGCCGACAUCUUUAACUAAUCUGCUGAACGCGUCAGAACACAGGCUGGGUCGGAUCCGGGAAUCCUCCAUGGCGGCAGUGGGAGCGGAAGCGACCGGGUCGUGGUUCCUGACACCAGAAGUCUUCCUGCUCCUCAUCCUCAUCAUCCUCCUCUCCAUCUUCCUCACCACUCUCUGCAGCGACUGCAACAGAAACUCGUUUGAGCUCCAGGACUCAAAGACAGAGAAACCGCCGUCAGCUCUCAUCCGAGUGGUGAAGCUGGAGGAGGUGAAGGAGAACCCGAUGAUUGGAGAGAUCCAGAAGGACGAGAGAGAGUUUAGUCCUGGAGGAGAUCCAGCUGAACCGGUCAGUUCCUCCGAGGGCCAACAGGGGGAGCUGCAGAGCCGCCCAGACCUGAAAGGCUCCGCCCCUCGAACCUGCGACCACGUCAGAGAUGGGCGGGGCCACGGCAGCGAACCGCUGGGACCGACAGCCAAUCGGCUGUCAACGCAGCUUCAUUACGUCACUCAGUCCGACGAGAGGAACACGGUUUACGCUCGAGUCAGCAAGAAGCUCCGCUUGGCCAACUCACCUGUUCCCACACCUGGGGGGGCGGGGCCACCGCGGGGGGAGGAGCCUGAGGAUCAGCGCUCCCCUCCGCGGCCUGACCGGGAAACAUGGCGGGAGGACGGAGCAGAAUAACCCCAACACCAGGGGGCGCUGUGGCAGCCAGCUGCAGAGAGGAAGAGGAGAAUGAUGAUGACGCCUCAUCUGACUUCAAACCGUCUGUUACCAUGGAAACGCGAAUCUUUAGAAACCAUCCUGCAUGAAACUUUUGAGUUCUGAUUGGUCCGUUACCGAUCAGCUGAUUGGUCGGUUGUGUUCCGACCCAAACUGGUUCUGAUCAGCUGAUAUCUGCUGCUCGCUUCAUGUCCAUCCAGAAGGGGGCGCUGCAGGAACAGGAACUGAAAUAAAGUUUAAAAGAUUUUAAAGAUUUCUAAACACAGUGGUACAAAAACAGGAAGAUUGAUACGUGUUCAGUGUUUUGUUUUUGUCUUUUUAUUGGAUAAAUAUAGUUUUAGUUCCCUAAAACUGAAAAAGGUGAAGGUGAUGAAAUACGAAAUAUGAGAAAUAAAAUUAUUUGAAAGUC